AAGGCAGUACCACAAGCGAACCUUCUUCAAGAACAAACACAGCGUAAAAUUAAAUUCAAUUUGCGGUCUUUUUUGAUGGCAGUGCCAAAUUUGAAUAUUCGAAUUUAAAUUUUUUAAUGCGAUAUAAAACUUUCACUUACGUGUAUGUGUGUGUUUCUUUUCUUUCUUUAUUCGAGAAUAUUUUAAAUUUUAUUGGUGUAUUUAAGGACAUUUGGUAAUGUUUUUAGUAUAAGAAGAAUGUUCGGAACUUCUUGUAAAUUAAAACGUAAAAGUGCUUUAGACGUUUGUUCUUUUUUUGUUGUUUUGGUUUGCUUGAGUGGAAUACACACUCAAGAGGCUGAAAAUUCUCAAAAACCAGAAGAGCCUCAGUCUAUUCAAGAUUUAUUUAAUACUACUUCUUGCAUACCUAAGCCUUAUAGAUGUCCACAUAAGCAAAUUCAAUUUUUUCUCUAUACGAGGAGAACCCAAGAGACUCCAGAGCUUCUAAAUACUUUGGAUGAAAACUCUCUGUAUAACAGCCAAUUCAACAGGAGAUAUCCAGUAAAAAUUGUUGUCCAUGGGUUUGGUGGAGGCAGAAACUUAUCACCUAGCACUGAUAUGAGAGAAGCCUAUUUUUAUAGGGGUAAUUACAAUAUAAUUAUUGUGGAUUAUGGAACUUUAGUAAAGGAACCAUGCUUAAGUCAAAUGGAAUGGGCGCCGAGAUUCUGCGCCAAAUGCAUUUCCCAACUAAUACGUUAUCUGACUCAACAUCCAAGGGGAGUCAGAGCGGAUGACUUACAUCUUAUCGGCUACAGCGUUGGGGCACAUAUUUCCGGAUUAGUUGCCAAUUUUAUGGAUCCGGUGCUGGAUGGAAAAAUUGGAAGAAUUACAGGUCUGGAUCCGACAAUUUUCUUUUAUAUGGGGAGAAAUACUUCCAAAGAUCUGGAUGCUACUGAUGCCCACUUUGUGGAUAUACUUCAUACAGGCGCAGGGAUUUUAGGGCAGUGGGGUCCCAAUGGACACGCUGAUUUUUAUAUUAAUGGAGGGUCUAGUCAGCCCGGAUGUGGAAGCGAUACCGUUUUCAAGACCUUGGCAUGUGAUCACACCAAAGUUACACCAUAUUUUAUUGAGUCUAUUAUAACCAAAAAGGGAUUCUGGGCUUACCCUUGUCCUACCUUAAUAAGCUUUAUGUUAAAUUGGUGUUCGCCCAAUGAAAAUGAUUAUGUUCUUAUGGGAGAACACGUCAGCCAUCAGGCCAGAGGUAUCUAUUAUGUGAGAACCAAAGCUGACCCUCCAUGGGCUCUGGGUCCCCCACUAGAAAUAAAGCAAAGAUUGGUCAGGAGAAUUUCAUCAUUAAAACAAGGAUUGCAGCGGACCCAGGGAAACAAUAACAGCAGAUGACAGUAAAACUUUUACUUAUUUCUGUUUAAAAAUUGUUCCAAAGCUUGCCAUCUAUUGAGCGUUUUCUUUGUAUAUACCUACAUAUAUUUAUUCGAUUCUUAUUUGAGAUUUCUUUUUUCUCUGUUUUAAAUAUUUAGAUGAAUAUUGAUAGUAGAACCUGUGAUUUAUAGUAAUACAUUUUAACAUGAAAAUA